AAUUCACUGAGCAACUCAACUCAGCACAUCUAAAGAAAUUACCUCUGACUAAUACUCGAUUAUGGCUGACACAACAUUUUCGCUCUUCAAUUUGGCUGAUGCUCUGGACAGCUACGAGCGUGAUGAACUUGAAAUGGACUCUUGUGUGCACUGCCAUCCCAAGGGCAAGCUGUGCGAUGAUGAGGAGGAGUGUGAGCUGCACUCUGGGAUCCACCUGGAGGUGUCUGAGGAGCCCCACAGCCUGCGUCAGGUGGUCAACCUGGUCAUCGCCCUGCAGCGCAUGAAGACCAAGCAGCAGGCCCAGAGCACCGAGUUCACUGAUGACGAGCUCUGCAGCAUCCUCCUGGAAAACCUGGUGGAAGAGUAUGUUAAGCCCAGAGUCCAUGAACAAACCUACGAGGCUCCAGAGCGCUACACGCACAACGGCGCAAAAAGGAAGUGCGUCCUCUGUGACGAGUACCAGAAGAGCCUUGUCCUGAGUAGUGGAGUCACUAAAGAACUGAGGGCCAUCACCAUACAGGGAAGCAACAUGAACCUGAGAGUGAAGCUGGACUUGUGCUCAUACACCCCGUCGGUUCCUCGUGAUCAGGGUGUCCCUGUGGUCCUGGGGGUGCCUGGCAACCUCUACCUGUCCUGCACGUCCGUCUCGGGAACACCUGUCCUGGGCCUGGAGAUGAUGAACAAGGAGACCCUAGAGGACAUCAGCGGCGAUAUGAAGCGGUUCCUCUUCUUCAAGACGUCCACAGAGCAGGGCCUCUCCAGCUUCAAGUCGGCUAAGUUUGAAGACUACUUCAUCAGUACGUCCUACGAAAACAGGAGGCGUGUGGAUGUCUGCAGGAGUCAGGACGCACCAAACCGCCUGACAUCCUUCAAUAUCAUUGAUAGCGGCAGCAGAUCUCCCCGCCCACUCCACAAACACACAGGAUCCUCAUCAUCAUCAUCCAGCCAGUACCAGUUUGGGAGAAUCAUGGCUGACACAUGUUUUAAUCUGGCUGACGCUUUGGACAGUUGCUACAGACCAGACGAUGUGGAAAUCGACUCAUGCAUGUACUGCCAUCAGGUGGUCAAGCUGUGCGAUGAUGAGGAGGAGUGUGAGCUGCACUCUGGAAUCCACCUGGAGGUGUCUGAGGAGCCCCACAGCCUGCGUCAGGUGGUCAACCUGGUCAUCGCCCUGCAGCGCAUGAAGACCAAGCAGCAGGCCCAGAGCACCGAGUUCACUGAUGACGAGCUCUGCAGCAUCCUCCUGGACAACCUGGUGGAAGAGUAUGUGACGCCCAGGAUCCAAGUGCGCACGCACCAGGCCCCAGAACACUACACGCACACGGGCACGGACAAGAAGUGCUUCCUCUGUGACGAACACCAGAAGAGCCUGGUGCUCAGUAGUGGAGUCACUAAUGAACUGCAGGCCAUCACACUACAGGGAGCCAACAUGAGCCUGAGAGUGAAGCUGGACUUGUGCUCAUACACCCCGUCGGUUCCUCGUGAUCAGGGUGUCCCUGUGGUCCUGGGGGUGCCUGGCAACCUCUACCUGUCCUGCACGUCCGUCUCGGGAACACCUGUCCUGGGCCUGGAGGUGAUCACCAAGGAGACCCUGGAGGACAUCAGCGGCGACAUGAAGCGGUUCCUCUUCUACAAGAGCUCCACAGAGCAGGCCCUCUCCAGCUUUGAGUCGGCCAAGUUUGAAGGCUACUUCAUCAGUACGUCCCACGAAAACAGGCAGCGUGUGGACGUCUGCCAGAGUCAGGACGCCUCCAACCGCCUGACCUCUUUUCGCAUCAUCGAUGCCUGAGUGUUUAUAUUUGCCGGUGAAACCAAACAUCUGGACAGUAGUAUGUGCUAUGCACAGCUUUUUUGUCAGGAUGUUUUUUUUUAAAGAUCUGAGUAGAGUCAUUAACAUGUGAACAGGGACUCAAUACUCAUAGAGUAUGAUUUUCCAAAAGUUCACUUUUGGGGAAAUAUUCGUAAAUACAAAAUGUAUUUCAUAGUGUUAAACUCCUGUGGAUGACAGUCACUAUAUGUAUUUGCACUAUAUGUAUUUGUUGUACUUGUAUACACUAUAUUGUACCUGUACCAUGGGUUAAUUUAAUAAUUUAUUUAUUCACUGGUUAUUUAUUUACGGUGCAGCCGUGGCCUAGUGGUUAGAGAGUUGGUCUGUCAAUCUAGGGGUUGCCGGUUCAAAUCACCCCUGACCUCUCCCUACAUCUCCAUCCAUGGCUGAAGUGCCCUUGAGCAAGGCACCUAACCCCACAUUGCUCCAGGGACUGUAAUCAAUACCCUGAAAAAUAAUAGUUGUAAGUCGCUUUGAAUAAAUGAAAGCGUCAGCUAAGUGUAAUGUAAUUUAAUUUACUAACCCCACUAUGACUACUUUAAGUAACUACUUGUCAUUUUUCUUGUCUUGUGUCCAAUCAACUUAUUU